AAUAUACCUCAGUAUUUAUCCAUUUAGUUGUUUCUCUUAAAAGACACGGUCGUUUUCAAAAAUGACCGAGAAAAAAGAUGGAUAUUUAAAUAUUGGGUUCAGUGUGUGGCUGUCAAUUUGCGUAUUUGUCUGCCUCUGGUUGUGGAGUAGUUUCACAAAAGGAAGAAGACGUUUUCAAACAAAUUUACAUGUAAUCGAAGAUGGUUUGAGAAAAAUGCAAGCUGACAUCGAACUGAGACAACGUGAGAAGAGUAUAGGUUGUGUUGAAGACGUAGAAGAUAUUUCUGAGUUCCUAAAAAAGUUUUACGAAGAGGGGAAGAAACCAGACAAAUCCGAGGCAGAUCCAGUUAUCGGCGAGGAAGCGGUUGAAUGUGAAGAAAAAAGUGAAGAGAAGAGUGGUGAAGUAGAAGAUAAAAAGACAGUUUAAACCUUUAAAUAAUUACUAUUUUACUAUGUUACAUCUAAAUAAAAAGUGAUUCUUUCUACUUUUUGUAAUAAUUUUACAAACGAUAAAUAAAAUGUUGAGAUUUA